AUCAUCAUGGCUUCUUCUAGCCCCACUGCUCACCCCUCCUGUUCCUGUGAUCACAGCCCCACCUUGUUCCCUCUGCCCAGAAGGAGCACACAGGUUCCAGUGGAUUGGGAAUCUGGUUCCAGAGUUUGGGAUCUCCAGCUCGCAUGUCAAGGUGCUUUCAUCCCCAGCUGAAUUCUACGAACUCUUGAAGGUGCAGAUAAAAUCAGCCAAGCAGCGAGUGGUGAUGGCUUCACUCUACCUGGGAACGGGGCUCCUUGAGCAGGAGCUGGUGAAUUGCUUAGAAGAAACACUGGAGAAAUCCCUGCAAGCAAAGGGAUCGUCUAACCUCAGAGUUUCCAUUCUUCUGGACUACACCAGGGGAUCUCGGGGUCGGAAGAAUUCCCGGACAAUGCUGGUUCCAUUGCUGCAGCGAUUUCCCGAGCAAGUCCGUGUGUCCCUCUUCCACACCCCGAACCUGCGUGGGCUGCUCAGGCUCCUGAUUCCAGAGCGCUUUAAUGAGACCAUUGGACUGCAGCACAUCAAGGUCUAUCUCUUUGAUGAUAAUGUGAUCCUCAGCGGUGCAAACCUGAGUGAUUUGUACUUCACCAAUCGCCAGGACCGCUAUGUUCUCCUGCAGGACUCUCCCGAGAUCGCAGACUUCUUCACGGAGCUGGUGGAUGCAAUUGGAGACGUGUCCCUGCAAUUGCAGCGAGAUGAUACAGUGCAGAUGAUGGAGGGGAUGGUGCACCCCUACCGGGGGGACAAGGUGGCUUACUGUGAGAUAGCAAAUCGGAGGGUCAUGGAGGUGAUCAACUCUGCCAGGACCCGACAAGAGCUCCUUCACGCAAAGACUUUCCACAGCAGCCAGCAAGGCAGCUCCUUGUUGUCCCAGAAGAGCUCUCAAGCAUCCAGGGAUCUGAAACCAGAACCUGACACCUGGAUCUAUCCCUUAAUCCAAAUGAAACCUUUUGGGAUUCAAAUAGAUGAGAUGGUCACAGAGACAUUGCUGACAGAGGCUGAACGGGACGCCAGGAUAUACCUUACCACUGGCUACUUCAACCUGACCCAAGCAUACAUGGACCUCAUCCUGGGCACGAGGGCUGAGUACCGGAUCCUCCUGGCCUCGCCAGAGGUGAAUGGGUUUUUUGGUGCCAAGGGGGUGGCAGGUGCCAUCCCUGCUGCCUAUGUUUACAUUGAACACCAGUUCUACAGUGAGGUCUGCUACCUCCACCAGCAGGAGAGGGUCCAGCUGCAGGAGUACUCGAGGGCUGGGUGGACUUUCCAUGCCAAAGGCCUCUGGUUGUACCUGGCAGGAAGCGAUCUUCCCUGCCUCACCCUCAUUGGCUCUCCGAAUUUUGGAUAUCGAUCAGUUCAUCGUGACUUGGAAGCUCAGGUUGCGAUAGUGACGGAAAACAAAGCUCUGCAGCAGCAGCUCCAUCAGGAGCAGGAGCAGCUCUACCUCUGCUCAGGUGUAGUCUCAUCAUCAACAUUUGAGCAGCCAAAUCGUUAUGUGAAACUGUGGGUGAAGCUGGUAACACCUCUGAUCAAGAAUUUCUUUUGAAAGAAGAAAAGUUACUGCGUUGGGUUAAAGGUCCAGACGUACGUGGGACCUCGCGUCCGUGUCUUGUAGACAGGACAUUCGUAGAUGUUCUUGGUGUCCACACGGUCCACAGGGAUGGCUCUGAUGAACAUCACUGGCAUCAUGGGCGUCAGCUCCUUCAGCCGCGAGUCUGCGAUCGUCCCAGAGGGGAUGUCCCAGCGCGCACC